AGUUGGAAAAAAACUAGUUGCUAGGAUACUAUACAACGCACCACAACACGCACAGAUGGUUCACAUUUACAGAAGACGUUUUCAGAGGCUGCUGGGGUAACACAUGUUUGCUGGUACAUAUUAGAAAUCAGAAAUAAAGCAUAUGGAGGAGAUUAGGGUGCCCCAGCCUCCAAGGGCCAGAGUGUUGUUAUGGGCAGAUCUGAAACAGAGUGACAUGGAGGAAAUUGAGAAGACCAAGUCAACACUGGAGAUUGAAAGGAUUUUGCGUGGUGCGCUGGUCUCCGAUGUGCCCCAGCCAAAGCAGGGAAUACUGCUUGAACUCUACACCAAUCUAGUGCUGUUCUGCAGGGAGAAAAACUUCAACAGGGAACAAACUUCUGUUAUCAUCUCCAUUGUCAAGAAUGUGCAUCAGUUUAACACAGAAACACCCCUUAACAACACAGAUCAGUGUUUUAACUAUUGCAGUGAACUACUGCUUUGUCAUUCAGUCAGAAGGCCUCCCUUCAGUAUUGACCUUUUCAACUGCGAUCAGGUUACAGAGAUUUUAUCCUAUUUUAUCAACACGUACAUGAGACACUAUUUUUUGUACAAAUACAUUUUUACCCCAGAGGUACUUUUGGACUUACACUUGUCGUAUACUGGAAUACCUGAGGUCACAUCUACUGAGGAAACUGUCAGAUCUGAGACCCCAGUCUUGAAUGAUGCAGAUGAGACAAGAGAAACUGUAAAGGAAAAAGAGGUGACUGAAGAAGUUCAACAAAAUGCUGCAUCCAGAACAAUGAAGACAAUAGAGACAGACAGUAUUAAACAAGGUUCGACUCCAAAGUCUGAGCUCAGGACUAUAGUUCAAAGGGAAGUGGAAGAUGAAGUAAUGCGCUUAACUGCUCAGCUACAACAACGGUUGCAGCAAAGUGCUGAGCAGCUUAACAGUACCAUCAGUAAACUCGAGACCAAAAUCCAAGCUAGGAAGUAA